UCCUCGACGCGCGCGCCCGCCAUGCCGCCCGCCCCUUAUCUGUACACAUGGCUCGUCCACCCGUCGGGGUGUCUUGUCCUUCCACCCGCCUCGGACUGGCUCGCCCCUGUCCCUUGCCUUCUCGGCCAUGUGUCGGCUGUGUUCCCUCAACGACAGCAGCCAUCUCACGAACCCCCUCCACCAUGAGGCGCGCCUUUCAGCGGGGCUGACGUCUUCGCUGCCCAGCCGCUGCUCAGCUCCUUCCCCUCAGCUUCGCGCCCCAGCCGUGCCCCCUCCUUCGGCGAGGCAUAAAUACCGUCUGCUUGCCGCCCCUCCUUCCCAACCCAUCGCAGCUUGAUCUUCUUGCCAGUUCCCACAGGCAGUUCGCAAAGAUGGCUGAUGAAGCCGCCGCCGCUCCCCAAAAGAAGGUGCACCACCCCACCACCCCCAAGCUCGACACCGAAGAGAAGGAGGUCCUCGGCAUCUCCACCAUCGAUUCGGAUGAUGUUGAGCAGCUCGACGCCCACAACGCAUAUGCUCAAGUCAGCGCCAUCGUCGCCAACACCGACGAUCCGUCGACCCCGUGCUUUACUGUCCGUGCCCUGUUUCUGUCGACCUUCUUUUUCGUUCUGACCUCGGUCGUGAACACGGUGCUCUCCUUCCGUACCAACGCCUUUGGUGUCCCUGCCUAUGUCUCGGUGAUCUGCUCCUAUCCCCUCGGUAUUCUCUUUGCCAAGUUUGUGCCCGAUGUCCGCUUUAAGCUCUUUGGAGUCGAGAACUCGCUCAACCCCGGCCCCUUCUCCAUCAAGGAGCACGUCCUGAUCUACAUCAUGUCCAACACCGGCACCCCCUAUGGCAUCGACAACGUCGUUGGUCAGGUCGCUCCGCAGUACCUUGGCGACACCAACAUCACCGUCUGGCAGUCCAUUCUCUGGAUCAUUGCCACCCAGUGCCUCGGCCUCGGCCUCGCCGGCAUGGCCCGUGACUUUUUGAUCAAGCCCCCAGCCAUGUACUGGCCCGGCAACCUGGGUAUCCUCGCCCUCUUUGCCUCUUUCCACGACGAAGUCACCGACAAGAACGAUGCUCCGCCGAGAUACAAGACCUCCCGCUUCAAGUUUUUCUGGAUUGCCUUCGUUAUCACCAUUGUCUACUACCUGAUUCCCGGCUUCAUCGCUCCAGCCAUCCAGAUGGUGUGCAUCCUCUGCUUCUUUGGAUCUGCCGGCAGUCUCGUCAAUAUCUUUGGCUCGGCUAGCCAGGGUGUCGGCAUCCUUACCGUCAGUCUCGACUGGUCCCAGUUCAACGGUGCCUGGGCUCCCAUGACGACUCCUCUGUGGGCCAACAUCAUUGGCUUCAUUGGGUAUAUUCUCUGGUCCUGGAUCAUUGUUCCCAUCGCCUAUGCCAACAACCUUUGGGAUGCCCAGGCCAUUGGCUGCAAACAUCCCGGUCCCUAUGGUUGCGGCAACCUCAACCAGAAUGGUCUUUUCAACGGCUCCAACCUCGGCCAGCGCCUCAGCGGCCGCAUCCUGCUCGACCCCACCACCUUUGAGCUUGAUCCCGUCAAGUACGCCUCGGCUGCCCCCAUCCACCUCGGCAUGUCCUUUAUUUUGGUCUACGCCGCCUCCUUCAUCACCAUUGCCUCGUCCGUCACCCACGUCGCUCUCUGGUACGGCAAGGACAUUAUCCGCCAGACCCGCGUUGCUCUCAAGCAGCUCAAGGAGGACCCCGAGCACCAGGAUAUCCACAACAAGCUCAUGGCUGCCUACCCCGAAGUCAGCAACGUGACCUACCUUGCCAUCUUCUUGGUCUCCACUGCACUCAUGUUCUACGUCGGCCUUGCCACCCCAUACAAGCUCGAAUGGUGGGGCAUCAUCCUGGCCAUCACCAUCGGCGUCAUCUUUGUCAUUCCUCUCACCACCAUCACUGCCAUCUCGGGACAGUAUGUGGGUCUCAACGUCCUGACCGAGUUUGUCAUGGGUUUGAUCGUCCCUGGUGAGCUUGUGCCCGUCAUGUCCUUCAAGUCGCUCGGCUACAACACCAUGAUCCAGGCCCAGCUCCUGCUCGGUGAUCUCAAGAUUGGCCACUACAUGAAAGUGCCUCCCCAGGCCAUGGUUGCCGGCCAGCUCAUCGGCUGCAUUCUGUCUGCCUUUGUCUGUGUUCCUGUCGCUACAGCCUUUGUUGUCUCGCCUCUCUUUGGCAAGGGUGACUGGCAGGCUGCUGGCUACGGUGUGUUCUACUCUGCUGGCACGAUUUGGGGAGCCGUGGCCCCGACCCGGUUCUUUGGUGCCGGCGCUCUCUACCACAACAUCCUCUGGGCCUUCCCCGUUGGCUUGCUGGCCCCUGUUAUCCCCUGGCUCGGCAACAAGCUCUACAAGCACCCCUACUGGCACUUGGUCAACAUCCCCAUCAUGGCCAACUGGGGCGGUCCCCAGAGCGGCAACACCGGCAUCCUCGUCACCCCGCUCAUCGUCGCCUUUGUGUCUCAGUACUGGGUCUUCCGCUACAGGAACGAGUGGUGGAAAAAGUACAACUUUGUCCUGUCCGUUGCUCUCGACUCUGGAGUCGGCAUCGGCGCCACCAUUCUUGGUAUCCUCCAGCUGCUCUUCACCCAGACUGAUGAAGAUGGCAACCAGAUCGGCGGUUUUCUGAUGCCCUACUGGGCCCUCAACCCCAACGGUCCUCCCGAUUACUACUGCUUCGGCCAGGACUACCUUGGCAACCCCACCAGCAAGUAAACUCGCUUGCAUUCGAAACCAUCGUGGAAGACUUUGUUUCUGUAAAGCUUCCGCAAGAUGCCAGCCAGAGCUUUUGAUAGCCCCCAGGGUAAUGGGUUGUCCCUUUGUCCCUGUUUGUCUGUCUGUCUAUCGGUCUGUCUAUCGAUCCGUAUAUCUCUAUUUCAAUCGAUCUGUCUGAACAUUUGGCGCUAUUCUAUGCUCUGAAGCAUGUUGCCGUGGCUGGUCCUUUGGGCCGUUGCAUUCAAAUGUGCUUCUUUUAUGCCUACUAUACGAUCUGCUUUCAAACUUACUCUAUCCUGGCUCUGAAGCAGCACCAAAAUGCUUUCUCGUGCGAGUACUAUGGCUAUAUUGGUCUCUUUCUAAUGCUGAACCUUUGGAAAAACUUGAAUAAAUCGCUUUGACCGCAC